AGUAAAAAAACAUUCAAGACAGAGAUCGAAAGCAGUGAACCUACACCUACGUUACUGAUAGACCAAUCAUUCAUAUUUUUAUUCUUAUCUAAAUCGAGUUUUUGUCCGUUAGCGAACCCACUUGCCUUCUUCAGCACGCCAACCUCUCUCUCUCUCACACUCCCCAACACUUCCCCUCAUCUCCUCUUCCUCUCCAAUGGCAAUGCCCCAAGAUCUCCAUCUCCGAUCCCACGCAGACGAGGACCUCUCGCACCAACUCCACCACCCGCUUGAUGAGCCUAUCGCUGAGGAUCACCGGAAGCAUCCAUCACCGGCGGUGCAGAAAGCCAAGCGCGUUGCCUCCCUCGACAUCUUCCGUGGCCUCACCGUCGCGUUGAUGGUGCUGGUGGACGGUGCCGGAGGUGAGUGGCCGGUUAUCGGCCACGCGCCUUGGGAUGGGUGCAACCUCGCUGAUUUCGUGAUGCCUUUCUUUCUCUUCAUCGUUGGGAUGGCCAUUCCCCUCUCACUCAAGAGGAUGCCAAGCCGGGCUAUGGCAGUGCGGAGAGUGGCGAUUCGGACGCUUAAGCUGCUCUUUUGGGGCCUUCUCUUGCAGGGUGGAUACUCUCAUGCUCCAGAUGAUUUAAGUUAUGGAGUUGACAUGAAACGAAUUAGAUGGUGUGGUAUUCUCCAGCGGAUUGCUCUGACAUACUUGGUCGUAGCACUUAUGGAAAUUUUCACAAAGCGUGCAAGACCUGAGGAUCAAUUGCCUGUCAGAUUCUCAAUAUUUAGAUUAUACUACUUGCAAUGGUUGCUAGGUGUUUGUAUUCUUGUCAUUUACCUUUCUCUGAUAUAUGGCAUGUAUGUUCCAGACUGGGAGUUUAGAGUUCAUUAUACUGAUAGCCCUGAUUUUGGGAAGGUUUUCACUGUGGCAUGUGGAACGAGAGGAAAAUUAGAUCAACCUUGUAAUGCCGUGGGCUAUGUUGAUCGACAAGUACUUGGAAUCAAUCAUAUGUAUCAGCAUCCAGCCUGGCGCAGAUCUAAGGCUUGUACGGAAAAUUCUCCACAUGAGGGACCAUUCAAGAAGGAUGCUCCAUCAUGGUGCCAAGCUCCAUUUGAACCUGAAGGACUUCUAAGCUCAUUCUCGGCAAUUCUGAGUACAAUUAUUGGAGUACAUUGUGGACAUGUGCUUGUGCAUUUGAAGGCUCAUCUGGAUAGACUUAAACAUUGGGUUGGAAUGGGUCUAGCUCUCCUCCUUAUCGGAUUUAUUCUGCAUUUCACCAAUGCUAUUCCCCUUAACAAGCAGUUAUACAGUUUCAGCUAUGUUUGUGUCACAGCUGGUGCAGCGGCAAUCGUGUUUUCAACCUUUUAUUUCCUGGUGGACAUUGUGGGCAUCCGCAGCUUCUUUUUACCUUUUGAAUGGAUUGGAAUGAAUGCCAUGCUUGUAUAUGUAAUGGCAGCAGCAGGUAUCUUUGAAGGCUUCUUCAAUGGAUGGUUUUAUGAAAGCCCCAACAACACACUGGUGUAUUGGGUCCGAAAGCACAUAUUCAUCAAAUUAUGGCACUCAACAAGGGUAGGAAUUCUCCUUUAUGUCAUCUUCGCUCAGAUCUUGUUUUGGGCGAUUAUUGCUGGUGUACUGCAUGGUCUAGGAAUCUACUGGAAAUUGUAAAAUCAGACAGAAAGCAGCAUUUAUUAUUAUUUUUGUUGUUGCUGUUGCCCUGUUGUUGCCCCAUUGUAUUGUAUACUUUACAAUGCUAAAUGUGCAGGCUCUUUCCUAUUA